AUGAAUUGUGUUGUACUUGUGGCCAAUACUUUUAGUAUAUUUUUGUCUUUUUUAGGUAAUCCAGGAUUGGCUGGCUUUUACCGGAUAUUCAUUGAGAGUUUAUAUUUUAGUCUGAAUCAGCAGUAUCCCGUGUGGGCCGUUAGCCAUGGUGGACAUUGUAAAAGUCCUCCUGAAAUCAAAAGAAAGGAAGAGACGGUUUCACAUGACACCGAUGAUGUUUUUGGGCUUCAAGGACAAGUUGAACACAAGUUGAAAUUCCUCCGAAAGUAUGUGCCAAAAGAUGUCAAGCUCGUACUUAUUGGACACUCAAUUGGCAGUUAUAUUGCUCUUAAAAUUAUGAAACAAUCACCAGAACCAGAGAUUCUCCGCAGCAUCCUGCUCUUCCCUACGAUAGAACGCAUGGCACAAACCCCAAAUGGCAAGCUCCUGACUCCCCUGUUCUGCUGGCUCCGUUAUAUUCUCUACAUCCCUAUAUUUUUGUUCACGCUUUUACCAGAAAGAGUCAAAAGCUUUUUUGCCCAUUUUGCACUGUUUCGGCAGAAACGGAUUCAUGAAACUCUAGUGAUGACAUCUGUGGACAUGCUUAACAUGGGUUGUAUUGCAAACAUCAUGUACCUGGCAAGCCAAGAAAUGAGAAGUGUUGUAGAGCGAGACAAUUCUACAAUAAAGCAGCAUUUAAAUAAGCUGAUUUUUUACUAUGGAGCCACUGAUAGAUGGUGUCCUCUGCAGUACUACGAAGAGAUGAAGAUGGAGUUUCCAGACGGAAAUAUUCGAAUGUGUGAGAAAGGAAUCUGCCAUUCUUUUGUAUUGGAUUCCAGCAAAGAAAUGGCUGAAAUGGUAACAGGCUGGAUACAGGAUGAUCUCGCCAAGCUAUGAUGAAGACAGAGUGGAUAGCAGGAGAAAUUAGCUGUAUUGUAAUCUUCCUUGAUAGAUUAUGCCUUGAUAUGUCUGUGCAUUAUGGUUUGCUUUUUUCUGGAAGCUUUGGUGUUACCCUGAUGGCUCGAAUUACAUUCCCGUUGACAGGUUUCUAACAAAUACCCAAGGUAAGGUUGUAAACACAUGGGGAUGACGGCAUCAAACCAGAGCCCUGGAUUCCUUUAGGCCAGUGUCAGCCUCCCUCUACAAACAGUGACUACUUGUUCAGGUAACUCAGUAUUGUUGUAACAAAAAAAAGAAAGAGAGAAAGAGAGAGAUCCCCUGCCCUCCAUGUGCCAUCUUGAUUGUCCAAAUUUAUGAAUUAAUGGCCCAUUAAUUGUGUGUCUAGCUAGAACAGUGCCUCUAGCAGGAUUGUAUGAAUUAUUACAUUAAUUAUUACAUUAAACACUCAAAGAGCGAUUUGGACCUGUUUUCCCCAGAAAAGAAAGCACCAGGAGCCACAAAACCCUCCCCGUGCCUGACUAUUUCAUGAGUGGGCAGAAAACUAGUCUAUGUAGUUGAAUUAAAUGUUCUGUUUUCUUCUAAAAUUUUUCUUUUCUUGGAUUUAUCCAUGGUUGCGCUACCGGGGAUCAAAAAGCUCAAUUAAUCGCGUGCCAGCGGGUAUCGCACAUUGGCAGUUGUGAUGCAUAUUUUGAGCGACAGGGGGCCGCAGCAGAGGGAUGAAAGAGCCACAUGUGGCUCCAGAGCCAUAGGUUGCUGACCCCUGAAUUAAGUGUUUAGAUCUUCUGACGUAUCAAGUCUGUGCAUCAACACUAUUCAUUCUGCCACAAUAUUGUAGUAGUAUUGCACCCAUAAUUGUGUCCCAUAUUGUUGUUGAAGUGGUUAGGGUUAGAAUUGACUGUCACUCAUCUUUGGAGGAAAAUAGCAUCUAAAUUACGGUGAUGAUAGUAGAAUAGCAAAUCACUACAAAAUUGUUGUUAGAUUAAUUUCAACAUCCAUUGUGACAGAAUAUUUGGUGUGCAGAAAAAGAAAUGUCUUAUACACUGAAUACAGCAUUUUUUGCCACCUGAUGCCCCGCC